AACAUGGAGCUAAUCCAGGACAGUUUCCGCCAGCCGCUGAAGUACGUGAAGGGGGUCCCGCUCAUCAGUUACUUUGCAGAGGCAAUGGGGCCACUGCAGAACUUUCAAGUCUGGCCCAAUGACCUGCUUAUCAGCACCUACCCCAAAUCUGGUACCACCUGGGUGAGCGAGAUCCUGGACAUGAUCUACCAAGGUGGUGACCUGGAGAAGUGUCGUCGGGCCCCUAUCUUCAUGCGGGUGCCUUUCCUUGAGUUCAGUGCCCCAGGGAUUCCCUCAGGCAUAGAGACACUGAAGAAUACACCAGCCCCCCGGCUCCUCAAGACCCAUUUGCCUCUGUCCCUGCUCCCCCAGGUUCUGCUGGAUCAGAAGGUCAAGGUCAUCUAUGUCGCCCGUAAUGCAAAGGAUGUGGCUGUUUCCUACUACCACUUCUACAACAUGGCCAAAGUGCACCCUGAUCCUGGCACCUGGGAUGACUUCCUGGAGAAGUUCAUGGCUGGGGAAGUGUCCUAUGGGUCCUGGUUCCAGCACGUGCAGGAGUGGUGGGAGCUGACUCAUACCCACCCUGUUCUCUACCUCUUCUAUGAGGACAUGAAGGAGGACCCGAAAAGGGAGAUCCAGAAGAUCUUGGAGUUUAUGGGGCACUCCCUGCCUGAGGAGACAGUAGAUCGCAUAGUCCAAUACACAUCUUUCAAGGAGAUGAAGAAAAACCCCAUGGCUAACUACAGCACUUUGCCCACCGAAAUCAUGGACCACAACAUCUCCGCCUUCAUGAGGAAAGGCAUCGCAGGGGACUGGAAAAGCACCUUCACUGUGGCCCAGAAUGAGCGCUUUGAUGCCCACUAUGCGGAAAAGAUGGCAGGCUCCAGCCUCAGUUUCCGUUUCCAGCUAUGAGGGG